ACCUACGACAACGCCCUGCAUCUCCUCUCCCUCCUUCAAUCCAACAAGACCGUCAUCAACCUCUUCGCGGCCUCGCCCAACAGCCAUGACAUCAACGCAUCCGCCAUCCCCGAGAUGAAAGCGUGGCUCUCCCGCGCCGGCUACACAACAGCAGACCUCGCAAGGCUCCGCUGUAUCCACGUGGCCGGCACAAAGGGCAAAGGCUCUGUCUGCGCCUUCACGACGUCCAUCCUGCGACAGCACCCGACCGUUGCCGGUAGAGUCGGCACCUACACCAGCCCGCACUUGGUGUCUGUUCGCGAGAGGAUAUGUCUUGACGGGCAGGCCAUCGCGAGGGACAAGUUCGUCGCGUACUUCUAUGAGUUGUGGAACAAGCUCUCGGAUGCGGCGAGGGCGGAGGGGGUCGUUGUUCCCGAGGAGGAGGACUCUGAUGGACUGGGCGUGGACGGGCCGUCGACGAAGCCGUUUUACUUCCGCUUUUUGACUUUAUUGGCCUUUCAUGCCUUCCUGCGUGAGGGCGUGAGGUCUGCUGUGAUCGAGUGUGGUAUCGGUGGCGAGUAUGAUUCCACCAACGUCUUGCCGCCGGAUGCCGUGACAGUGUCGGCGGUCACGCAGUUGGGUAUCGAUCAUGUCAAUAUGCUCGGUGACACGGUCCAGAAGAUUGCAUGGCACAAGGCCGGGAUCUUCAAGAAACAUGUGCCUGCGUAUACCUACCAGGUCAUGAAACCUGAGGAUGGGGACCCGAGCGUGUUGGAGGUUAUGGAAAAGAGGUCGGUGGAGAGGGAGACAGCCCUCGCCGUGCUUGACCCCAGCAGCGUCGAAGAAUGGAAAGGCGUGCCUGACGCGAACCUGGAGGGAUCCUUUCAAAAGGCGAAUAUGUUGCUGGCCACAGCUAUAGCGAGACGACACCUGCAGGCACUGGGUCACAAGUUUGACGCUGGGUCUUUUGAGAAUGGCGGCCAAUCGUUACCUAGGGACUUCCAGCACAUACCAGACUCUAUCAUUACCGGCCUACGUACCGCCACAGUUCGUGGCCGCUGCGAGACGGUCGUGCAGGACAACAUCUCAUGGUAUCUAGACGGAGCACACACCGAAGACAGUCUCGUACAAGUCGGAAAGUGGUUCGCUGGCAAGAUGUCCGACGAGAAGUCGAUCCGAGUCCUCAUAUUCAACCAACAGGACCGCGAUUCCACCAAGCUCCUGCAGACUCUCCUCAAUACGCUG